AACGCGAGGCCAAAUAAUUCCUAAUUUUGGGUAAAUAUCUCAAAUUUGCUUAGUUUCACAACUAGAGGACCACAGUUUUCAAUACUACUUUCGUUUCUUAUUCUUCGUAAUUUGCAACAAAGAAAUAUUUUAUAUGAUAAAGGUUGAAAGAUGACUUCCAACCUUCAAUAUCGCGUAAUUCGGCUUUUCGAAGCCAUUCCAAAAUCCAAACUACUCAAAUUGCUGCUCUCACCAGUCACCACGUGGCUCUUAUACCUUCAAGGAAUCUACACAUGCGCUCGGUUGAGAAUUGAGGUUGCUUUGUUGCAUUCCGUCACCUGAGUUUAAGGUGGAUGUACUCUAGCCAAUAACUGAGAUUGAAAUGGUUGCACAGAAGAUGUUUGAUGAAAUGCCUAAAUGAAAUAAUAUUCGCUUUAUUGCUUGGAACGCUUUGAUACGUUGUUUGGUGACUUGAUGUAGGCAGCUUUCCUGAUGAUGAUUCCGUGCUUCGUGUUCUUUCUCUGCGUCCACUCGAACGAGGGCUUGGAUGAAGAAAUAAGCUCAAGGACUAAACUAAGGCGCAUAAGUUAGACAGUUAUAAAGGUCAUUGCAGGGUGUAAUGUAGUGAUUGAUAUAUAUGGAGAAGGUGAGUUCAUUGCCGCAUAAACCGUUAUGUGUUUGGCAAAUGGCAAUGUUGGGUGUUAGAGGAGUAUUAUUCCGGGGAACACGGAUGGUUAUGGAGUUAUGGAGUUUGCAGUGAAUGAGCGCGAGCAUGGCAGCAAUUAGCAAUUCUUUGAGCACUCUCUACGGCAUAUAUAAUAUGUGAGAUAGGUACUAAACUCUUCCACUCGUGUUUAGCGCGUUUUAAGGAUCAGGAUGUUUAAAUUUAUAGCAGAGUACUGUAUGCUAAAACUUAGCUAAUCACCACAUGAUUUCACUUAAACAAGGGGAUACAGAAAGAAAAUGCAUCAGAUGUUGGGAGUUAACAAACAUUAGACAGGUAUUGGAUUAAAAUAAGACGAAUCUUGCAGAUUUUGUAUUGGUUGUUGUAGAACAAUGGAUCCUUCAUAUCUUUUCUUUAAUUGAUAUUAGCUGAAAGUCCACUAUUGAUCGACUCGUUGCCUCGUUGGUUGGCCAGCUGAGAAGAGACAAUGUGAAACAACCCCAAAGGAAAACCAUGUUCUCUCUGAGUCUUACUUAAUUUUUGAUUCCUUUUGUCUUCUGUUUCUUUGGUAUAAAUAGAGCCAAAAGAAUGAGAUAAUCAACAACUCAAAACUUCAAUCUUAUAACUCUAAGCCUCUUAACAAACUUAAAAACAAUAUCAAAAUGGCUUCUAUCCACACUCGAUCUUUCAGUUUCCCCUCAAACUCUCACCCCGUUUCUGAGCAAUUGGAUCAACAAUUAAACAGGUUGAGGUCUUCUCAAGCUGCUUCUACUUCAUCCUUGACCACCAAACUUAGUGGUCUAAAUGAUUUAUACAAAUCAGUUGAAGACUUUCUUCAAUUGCCCCAAAAUCAGAAAACCGUUUCUCAAUCUCAACAAGUAUUGGAUGGAUCUCUAAGACUCAUUGACAUUUGCUCAACAUCUCGAGAUGUCUUGGCAGUGUCAAAGGAACAGAUCCAAAACAUUCAAUCAGUUUUUCGAAGAAGGUGCAGUGGUGAACUUGACAUUACUAAUGAAGUCGCUGAAUACCUAAAAACAAGAAGAGCUUCCAAGAAGACAAUCAAGAAGUGCUUGAAAGAUAUGAAUGCAGUUGAGCCCGUUGCCAUUGAGAGCAUGCUCAAGGAUGUGCAAGCAUUGACUGCUGAAGUCUUUAACUCCUUGUUGUCUUACAUCGGUGGAUCACAGAAGAGUAGCUGGUCUUUCAUUAGCCAAAGAUCUGAGAAGAAAGCAGCAACUUCCUUUGAUGUUGUUGAUGCUCUUCUUGUGAAGAAAGUGAAUGUUGAUAUGUCACAACUAGUUAAUUUAGAGUCAGAAAUUCAAGAAAUUGAUGAAGUUUUGGAAUCAUUGUUUAGGCAUUUGGUGAAGACAAGAUCAACUCUUCUCAAUGUCCUAAGUAACUAGAAUAGAAAUUUAUACUUGUACAAAAAAUUUUGAUCCGUGAAUAUACAUACAAAUGAAU